GGUAAGGGGUCUGUGAAAUGCAUACCUGUAAUAUACUUGGGAGAUUAUAAUCAACUUAUCCUCUCCCCAUUCUACUGUUCAACAAAUUUGGAUUUUUCCCCACCGCCAUCCACCCUCAUAUACAGUGACACCCUACAAAUUCCUGUUCCAUCACCAUCCACCCUCAUAUACGAAUUUACCCAACAAAAUCUGUAUUUUUUCCUUCACAUGCACCCCCAUCCAGCUACCCCUUACAAACCAGUAUUGCUCUACCCUUCAUUGCCAUCCAUCCCUUACAAACCUGCAUUGCUCUCACUCAUCACCACCAGCCACCCUUUACAAACCUGCAUUGCUCCAUCCUUUUCAAACCUGUAUUGCUCCACUCCUUGUCACAAUCCACCCUUAUAUCCAACCACCCCUUACAAACCUGCAUUGCUCCACGAUCAUAUCAAGGUACCCCCCCUUGCAACCCACAAUUCUUCAUUCUUCAUCACAUCCACCCUUAUAGCCAACCAUCCGUUUCAAACCUGUAUUGCUCCACUCCUUGUCACAAUCCACCCUUAUAUCCAACCACCCCUUACAAACCCUGCUUGCUCCACGAUCAUAUCAAGGUACCCCUUGCAAACCCACAUUGCUUCAUUCUUCAUCACAUCCACCCUUAUAGCCAACCAUCCGUUUCAAACCUGUAUUGCUCCACUCCUUGUCACAAUCCACCCUUAUAUCCAACCACCCCUUACAAACCUGCAUUGCUCCACGAUCAUAUCAAGGUACCCCUUGCAAACCCACAUUGCUUCAUUCUUCAUCACAUCCACCCUUAUAGCCAACCAUCCGUUUCAAACCUGUAUUGCUCCACUCCUUGUCACAAUCCACCCUUAUAUCCAACCACCCCUUACAAACCUGCAUUGCUCCACGAUCAUAUCAAGGUACCCCUUGCAAACCCACAUUGCUUCAUUCUUCAUCACAUCCACCCUUAUAGCCAACCAUCCGUUUCAAACCUGUAUUGCUCCCUCCUUUCACUUCCCACACUCCCCCUAUAUCCAACCCCCCUUACAAACACCUGCAUUGCUCCACGCAUAUUAA